AUGUCGAAUAAUACCGAAGAACCUCGAGCUGAAGACUCUCCAGCUGUCACUGCACAGCCGAUCGUGCCUGUUGAUCUCCUUCCUGCCGAACCUGAGCCUGAGGCGCCUUCUGAAGUUGAAAGAGAGGCUCCCGAAAUCGCGCCGUCGCAGGAAGAGUAUGAACCGCAACAAAAUAAUGAAGCUCCUCCUGUCGCGGAUAACGCUUUGCCAGCUGCAGAAGUCACUUCACCUGUAAAAAGAAUUGUCAUCGCUGAUUCUGACGAUGACGUCACGGAUGAGGAGGAUACUAGCGGACGGGAAGCAUUCAUAGAUGAUCGUAUCAAGGAACACGACUACGCGUCGUUUAGUGCUCCUCGUCAUCUUGAAAAAGUGAUCGACGCAAAGGAGACAUUCCCUGAAAUUCCAGGACUAUCAGAACUCGGUUACUCUCCGGAACAUCAAGGAUUGACUUUGGAACCACACGUUAAUCGGAUUCCUGCCUCUUCUUCGUCGCAAAUCACAUAUGAGCAGAGAGAACCAAAUAUAAUCAACAGGUAG